AUAUCAGCAAAAAGAUCGCUCGGUUUUUCGAAAAUAUCGUCAAAUAAUGGCUUCCAUUAACAAUUCAGCUUCAUCAAUUUGUGGUAUCAGUAUUGGUACGGAAAAUUGUUAUGUAGCCGUUGCCCGGCAAGGCGGCAUCGAAAUUCUUCUAAAUGAAUAUUCACAACGAUCAACACCAGCAUAUAUUGGCUUCGGUGGUAACCAACGUGAAUUGGGUGUUUCGGCUAAGCAAAAACAGAUGAUGAAUCUUCGUAACACUUGUUUUGCUCCGACUACGAUCAUCGGAAAAAAAUAUCAUCAGAUCAAUCCUCAAGAUUAUCCAUUUAAAAUUGAACCUGGACCUGAUGAUGAAAUUUUAGUUCGUGUUCAACAUGGUGAAGAACGGCUGUUGACUCCCACUCAAAUUGUGGCAAUGUUAUACACUAAAUUACGGCAAGUUUCAGGUAAUCCGGUUGAUUGCGUCAUCAAUUGUCCCAAUUAUUUUGAUUUUGUACAACGACGUGCACUACUGGAUGCUGCUCAAAUUGCCGGUUUAAAUCCAUUGCGUGUCAUAUCUGAUAUGACUGCUGUAGCACUCUAUUAUGGAUUUUAUCGAAGCUCGCCCACCGGUUCUGAUAUAUCAAUCGUAGGAUUUGUUGAUUGUGGACAAACUAGCUCACAAGCAGCCAUUGUUUUGUUUAAUCAUAAAGACAAUUAUUUAAAAAUAUUGGAUGCUGAGUUUUUGGCUGAUGUUGGUGGCCGACAUUUUGAUGAAGUAUUGGCUAAUUAUUUUAUUGAAAAACAUUCGUUGAAAUUAAAUGAGCGAUCACGUUGUCGUUUGAUUGUCGAGUGCGAAAAAUUGAAAAAGAAUCUUUCGGCAAAUCCGAAUGAAUUACCCAUCAAUAUUGAAUGUUUGUAUGAUGAAAAAGAUUUCAGUAGUCGAAUCGAUCGGGCAACAUUCGAACAAAUCUCUCAAAAUUUGUUUGAAAGAAUCGGCUCUAUGUUAAAGAGGACCUACGAGCGAUCAGUUGAUCGAUUCAAAAAAGAAUAUCAAGACAACUAUGGCAAUUUUCGUCUUGAUUCCAUUGAGGUUGUUGGUGGUACUAGUAGAAUUCCUGCAAUUAAAAAAAUGAUAAAAGAAUUUUGUGGAUUAGAGCCAUCCACAACGCUGAAUGCUGAUGAAGCUGUUGCUCGUGGUUGCGCUUUACAAUGCGCCAUUCUUAGUCCAACAUUCAAGGUUGCACGUGAACUUCACAUCAUUGAUUCAUUGCCAUUUAGUGUCGAUUUUACAUACGAAAUUCCCGGUAAAGAUAUUAAAGUCAUACCAGCAAUGAUUCCACGUGGGCAUCCAUUUCCAUGUCCCAAACAGAUAACAAUUCCUUCACAGGCUUUGCCGAUUACCCUCAGCUUUCAUUAUGAUAAUUUGCACCAAGAAAAGAUGUUACUGGCGCAAUAUCGAAUUUCGGAACCACCUGGUUCGAAUGCACUUCAAUUAAUGUUAGAACAUAGAAGUCCUAUCAAGAUUCGUGUUCGUGUAGAUGCUAACUCUAAUCUUUCUAUUGGACCGGCCACAAUUUCGUAUGAAAAUCCUCAACAAGAUAAUGAGCAACCACAACCGGAAGAACCAAUGGAGCAACAACCACAAAAUAAUAGUAACAAUGAUUCUGUUGAUGGUCAAAACAAAAUGGAAACUGAAACUCAACAACAACAAACAAAAGAGACAAACGAUUCGCAACCUCAGCAAAAGCGAAAAAAACCAAAAACUAUUACUGUAGAUUUGCUUGUUGAAACAUUAUACAUUGCUGGCUUUUUACCGAAAGAAACAAAAGAUCUUUUCAUCGAAUUUGAAUCGAAUCUGAUUUUGGCCGACAAAAAUUGGAAAGAAAAGACUGAUGCUCGAAAUACAUUGGAGGAAUUUAUUUAUGAAUGGCGUGAUCGUAUUGAAUCUGGUGAUUAUGACCCAUUUAUUGAUCCAACAACAAAGCAACAAUUCCAGCAACAAUUGGAGUCAAAUGAAAAAUGGCUGUACGAACAAGAUGAACAGGAAGUAAUGCAUUCAAAAUCGGUGUAUAAUGAACGGACACAAUCGAUGGCUAAAUCGUACGCUGAUGCUAUUAUAAUGCGUCGUAGAGAAUUCGAAAAUCGUCCACGUUGUCUUGAACAACUAGGACAUCAUUUGCAACAAGCGCGAAAAAUAAUAGAAACAAAUGACCCAUUUGAUGACACUGAUGAGAAGAAAAAUUUUUCCGAAGAGAUCGAAGGAAAACAAAAAUGGUUCGAUGAUGUAAGCGGAAAAUUAGCUUCUAUGAGAACUUAUGAUAAUCCACCAUUCACGUGUGAUGCUAUUCAAUUGCAAUCACAGCAAAUUGAUGCAUCGAUUCAACGUAUCAAUAAUAAUCGUAAACGUCGUGCUGAAGAACGUCGUAAAGCUGCUGAAAAAAAUGCCGAAAAAGAGAAACAACAACAGCAAAACCAACAAGAACCAUCUGGUGAUCAACAACAACCGCCGCCAAUGGAUCAACAAGAACAAACUAAAAUGGAUGUCGAUCCACAACAAGAACAAUAAUAAACGAUUGAAUCUUUGUUUUAUUUUCCAUUUUUUUAAAGAAAAAAAAA